AUGAUUAUACAUUACAAUGAGAUGAACAACCAGUUGAACAUCACUACUGAAGCGUUGGCCGAAAGCCAAGGGACGGCUGCAAACAAUUUCAUAAUAACGGUAACGUUUGGGUGCUGUUGCCUGUCGUCACUGUUGGCCAUAUUCGGCAAUUCAAUGAUCAUUUGGAUCGUCGGUUGCGCCCGAAGUAUGCGUACGCCGACCAACGUGUUCAUCGCAAAUCUGGCCCUUUCCGACAUCUUGAUCGGAACUCUGGUCAUACCGUUUCAGUUCCAGAUCUCUCUAUUGAAGCGCUGGCUUUUGCCAGAUUUCAUGUGCUAUUUGUGUCCAACCAUUCAAACUAUCACUGUUUCCAACUCUGUCUAUACGCUCACAGCCAUAGCGAUAGAGCGGUAUCGGGCCGUUAAAUAUCCACUUCUGGCCCACGUGUCCAAACUGAACGCUAAGAUUCUGUGCAAAGUCCAAUUAAUACGUGAUGAGUUGACAGAUACGAAAACAUUACCGCACUGUCAAAACACAAUCCUAAUGACAGCUCUAUUUGGCACUUAUAGCAGUGCUCUGGUAUUCAUCCAGUAUUUCAUACCUUUGUGUGUCAUAUCGUAUACAUAUCUGCGGAUGGCUUUAGUGUUAAGCGCACCACAAGAAGAGAUCAUUCAAACGGUUAGAGUCAACAAUAUUAACAUUAAGAGGAAAAACAAAAAGAAUUCUAAGAAAUUCAAAUAA